UGGAGUCCGGACCCUUGGUGCCGCCCGCUCCCCUCCUGCAGCUGGAGAAGUGCUGCACCAGGAACAACAGCGCCACCUUGGCCUGGAGGGUGGCAGCGCCCGCGGAGAGCCCCAUCGAGGGCUACAUCCUGGAGCUGGAUGACGGCAACGGAGGGCAGUACAGGGAGGUGUAUGUGGGGAAGGAGACAGUGUGCACGGUGGACGGGCUGCAUUUUAACAGCUCCUACAAUGCCCGGGUGAAAGCCUACAACAACACUGGUGUUGGACCAUACAGCAAGACCGUGGUGCUGAAGACCUCUGACGUGGCAUGGUUCGCCUUCGACUCCACCUCAACCCACCGGGACAUUGUUCUGUCUAAUGAAAACCAGACAGCUUCCUGUAACAGCUACGAUGACCGUGUGGUUCUGGGGACUGCUGCGUUUUCUAAGGCGAGGCAUCUUUUUUUUAACAUUUCACAGAAUCAUUACAUGGGUCAAGUUUGUGAAUCCCACCAAACGUUUUUACUUUCCCUCAAACCUCAGGGCAUUCACUACUGGGAGGUCAGCGUCGAUCGCUAUGAUAACCACCCGGACCCUGCGUUUGGCGUGGCGAGGAUCAACACCAUGAAAGAGAUGAUGCUGGGGAAGGAUGACAAAGCCUGGGCCAUGUAUGUGGACAACAACCGCUCCUGGUUUAUGCACAACAACUCCCACACCAAUAGAGCAGAGGGAGGCAUCACUAAGGGCUCGACCGUGGGCGUCCUGUUGGAUCUGACCAAACGUACCUUAACUUUCUUCAUAAACAAGGAGCAGCAUGGACCAACAGCCUUUGAGAACCUGGACGGCGUUUUUGUUCCUGCUGUUAGCCUCAACAGAAACGUUCAGGUGACCUUACUGACAGGCCUGGAGGUGCCAAAGAAUAUCAAACAGUAAGAGCUCCGUCCUGCUCCCCAAGCGUGCCCUGGAUACAAACCUUCGAUGUCACGAGCAGCCGAGGCUGAAACCCCCCACCAACAUGUCAGAGGGGAUUUAUCCUGUCCUCCAGGCGCCCUUUGUCUCCAAUACGAUAUUUAUGGGAUACAUCUGAGCCCUGACUGGCUCUAAAUACCCCCGGACGUCAAAACAAACAUUAUACAUGCCCCAAUUUUAUAUGGGGUGCCAUUUGUGACAUUACACAGUCAAAAAUUACCACCAAUAUUUUUGUUUUAUUU